AUGUGCAUGUGUGAGCAGACUCUCAAGUUAAAAAUCUCACUCCAGCCAGUGACCAAAUUUGCCAACCCUGUGUUUGUGCCUGAGCCCAGCAUCCCCAGGCCUCUGCAUCCCAAGGCAGAAGCCAAGCCGAAGUCAAAGAUUUCUGCAUCCCGGAAGCUCUCGCUAAAGAUCCUCCUCCUGACCCGGGCCAUGGAGGACCUGGAGAAGGAGAAGAUGGAUCGGAACGAGGAGAAAGUGCGAUACCUGGCAGAGAAGCUGCCCCCCCUGCAGCUAUCGGGGCUGUCAAUGGACGAGAUGCAGAAACUGUGCAAGCAGCUUCACGCGAAAAUUGACGUUGUGGAUGAGGAGCGAUAUGACUGCGAAGCCAAAGUUAUCAAGAACAACAGAGACAUCCAUGAGCUGAAGCUGAAGGUGCAGGACCUGGGAGGAAAGUUUAAGAAGCCGGCGCUGAGGAAAGUGCGUGUGUCGGCCGACGAGAUGAUGCGUGCUCUGCUGGGCUCCAAGCACAAGGGCUCCAUGGACCUGCGCGCCAACCUCAAGUCCGUGAAGAAGGAGGACAUCAAGCAGGAGAAGGUUCUGACCACCGAGGUGGGAGACUGGCGCAAGAAUGUGGAGGCCAUGUCAGGCAUGGAAGGCAGGAAGAAGAUGUUUGAUGCUGCUGGAGGUGGCCAGUGAGGCCUCUCCCCAGCGUGAAAAAAGAGGAGGAGGAAGAAGGCUGAACUGAAUGGGUUUUGGGGGGGUGGGGGGGGUAGGAACUGCUGAGCAUGGCCUGGACCAGCAGUGCAUACAGAGUGCAGACCUUCUCAGUGACACCCGGGCAUCAUUCGUGGCACCAGCGUUCCUCCGCCUGCAUGUGAGCACAGGCUCUGUGGAGAGAGCGUACACUCGCCUCACAGGCGGAGCCCUGCGUUGGCGCAAAGUUUAUUUAUUUCUGUUGUUUCUGGAAGUUUGAUCUCAAUCCACAGUUUAAUCAUCCAGCACAAUCUGCUUUACAGCCAGUUGCUUGCUGUUCCCAAACUUACAAGGAAGUCGUCUCACAUAAAUCAAAAAAGGUCGGCCUUUUAUCCAUCUAUAUCUAUGACAUUUAUUUCAUCGUGUUCUUUUUUAAUUAAAGAGGCGUUCAGCAAACUGGGGACGCUGGCUGGGUAAGGAUGUCCUCAUCUGCUGAUGGAGAUGCAGACUCCCACGCUGUUAGUCCCCGGUGUUGGCUCGUCGUGUGACUGCAGAAGGCGGGCUGGUCACGGUGCAGGGUUCAAAAAUCAGCCUGUCGGGGGGGUGGGGGCUAGGCUGCACCAUACAUAAAAAAACUCAGCUAAGACAAUGCAGAUUGUAUCUGUUAUUCAUUCUUAUUUGAAAAGUGAGUCUUUAUUCUCAAAAAAAAAAAAUCAUCCUUAUUUGUAUGAGAUUAAGGUCAAACGACUGUUUUAUCAUUAUGCAGCUUAAUAUGACUCCCCCCCCCCCCAGACCUUGGGAGUAUUUUAGAUUUCUGCUUCCUCCUCCUUUGUGAAGGUCAAGGCUGUCUGGGGUAUGUGCCGCAGGAGGGCUAACAAUAGCGAAAUGCUAGCGGGGGGUGGAGGGAGGACGCAGGGGACAUGGAUGGGCUGAACGGCUGGCCAUCACAGGGCACAUGACCCCUCAGGUCGCGCUGGGCCUCCCCACAGCGGCACGGUGAAGCGCCCUCAUCAGAGAGUGCUUUGGCUCACAGCGCCCCUGCCUUCUCCUCUACUGUCACUAAGGGCCAUCACACAUUCCGCAGGAGGCCCGUAUCAGCAAUCAUGAUGGGCCUCAUUACCGCCGUUUUAAAGCGCACUCACAACGUGUCACUUACUUCUCACGCCUUGAUCACACCAAACCAUAAAACAUUUGAGAGUAUGCAAAUAAAGGAAGCGAUUUUCGAGUUUUUCCUGUAACGUGCGGCACUGUUAUCUAUGAACCACAGUCACGUUAGCGAGAGGGGCGCAGAGGCGCGUCGAGACCCUGAAACGACGGCAAUCCCUAAUAGUCGCAGAGUGAAUGAGGGCCGGACCGGAUUGACUAAUUCUGAAAAAUCAGAUUCCGAAAAAAGCAAAUACAUCCAAGAAGCAGGGAAGAAGAAAAAAUGCAAAACCAAGACGACAAGUUAAGGUAAAUCAGCCAAGUUGUUCAGUUUAAUAAUAAUAUAAUAUAACGGUAUUUUUAUUUUCAGAAACCAGAAGUUUUUUAACUGGCUGAUGCGGUGUAGGCUUUACCCAGAAGAUGAAAUGUACAGGGAAAAAAUCAACAAUGCAUUUAGUGUUAAACUGGCAGUUGUCCAGUGUGUAAUAUAAUCUAACAGUAUUUUAGACAGAGGAACCUCUCAAUUUGCAUCUGCUAAGCUUGACUAAUUCUGCAGCUGCACCUUGUUUCCUGUUAAUACACACUGGCGUCACAUUAUCAGCCAUGUAAGUUGCUAUUUUAGGUUUUUAAUGGUUUUAACUACAAAAUAAAAGCAAAUUUCUUCUUUCA